UACACUUCUGCGAAGACGUUCUCAAUUGGGGUGUUGUACUGGGGUUGGGUUGUUUAAUUAUUAAAUCGCAGGAGUGGGAAACGCCCUAGUGACUAGCGGGAGGCCAAGAAUUUAACUACCCGAGGCGUUAAAACAGUGCAGUGCGCGGUUACAUACCACUGGUGUGUGGUACCCAUCGGGUUUUGCGGACACGCUCUGAUUGCUAGCCCCAAGGCUCGUUGUCGUCGUCGUACGCUCGUAAGGGGCUAUUGGCCGAAGACGGCGAUCCGAGCCCAUCGAUUCGUUAAAUUUUGCAGACGAGCCACGCGUGGUCAGUUGCGCUAACAAUGGACUCCAAACUGGAUCGCACCUACGUGUCGGAUUACUUUGCCAAUCUGAACGAAAUCUCCAAGAAGAUCGCGCUGGACAUCGACGAGAUACGCAGUGCGUACGAGCACAUAUGGGACGAUCUGAGCCGCGAGGAGCAGAUGGAAAUCGUGAACGAGACGAUCAUCAAACCGGAGUUGGCGCUGAAAUAUUUUGACAAUUUCUCCACAUCGACCGAUUCGCUGCAGCGAAUUCUGGGCGCGGAUGACGACGAGAAUGGAGGAGUACCGGGCGAGGAGGACCGUAACGCAAACCUCUACGAUGGCAAGCGGCUACAAACGUUCCAGUAUGUGCGCACCGGGCGGAAGGUGGUUACGGACGAUAGUGUAGGCCUGUUUCGGGACGAACAUUCGGCACCGUUCGCACACAAGACCAAAAGUCAGAUAAAUCUUACCAUCUUUCCUGCGGAAAAGGACGAAGGUGAUGCCGUUACAGGCGUUGCGAAGACAGCAGGAUUGCUUGCGAAGAAAUUGCUUCUAAAGUCACCCAAAUCCGAUGACACUGUCGUUAAGAAUGGAAACGGGGCACUGAAGGGGCUUUGCAAGGAGCCGACGUACGACAGCGAGAAAAACAUUCUACCAGAUGAGCCGCUCGGUGCGAAAGGCAUCGGCGGUACCGGGACAGGAUUCCUAAGUAAGUUCAACAACAUCUUCAACCAGACGCCGAUCGAAAUGGUGACGGCUACCAACGCAUCGGCUACUUCGAUCAGUGGCAGUGAUGAGAUCGACGGAGCGCUCGAACAGGACGAAUUCGACACGGACAACGAUAAGGUGAACCUGUUCACCAAGAGCUCGAAAAACGAGUGCCUUCACCGUGCGCAAUCGUCUUCGGUCGAGGAGGACGACAAAAACUACGAUGAGAUGAACAGUUUACUCGGUAACAGCAAAGGAUUUGAUUUCCUCAACAAUUGGUAACUCAUCCAGUCCUCCCCCAACUCCACGGUUUGGUAAAGUAUCUUGCCUUAGCUUCCAGCGUCCCAUUUAAAAAGCUCUCUAGUCGCCCCCUCCCCGUUUGUUGCCGAUUUGGCAUAUUCUUGAUCUUUAGGUGAUGCCCCGUGUUGCAAGUAGGAUUAGGGAUAGGUUUCAUAGCUCUUGCUGCGCUAAAGCGAACACAAUCCAAAUGGUUCCCAACAAAACUGUUUUACAUUCGCUUCUAGCAAGCAUGUUUCAAAAGAACAACCAUACUCUUAGAUGAAACUUUUUUGGUUGUUUUUCGUCACCCGUAAAACCUUAAAAUACUCAACCGUAAAUGAACAAUAUCAAAUCACCCAGACAGACUGAAAACCCAUGCUCCAUUAAUUAUAAAAUCGAACUCUAGAAUCGAUCAACCGAACAACAUGACCCCACCACUCCGUGACCAGUAUUGGAGAUCGUUGGGUGUUUUGAAACCAAAAAAGAAUUUAACCCACAAGCUUUUUCUCUUCUUUAUACACUUCGGGCCAAUGGUCGAUGUGCACAAUGUUUGGCCAUUGCUCGUACUUUAGUUGUAGGGCUAUCGUUAGAACAAAAUUAAGGGACUACCGGCCCUAUCUAGACAGUCACUCGCUGAAGAGUGGCUUAUCAUGUUUCUCCAUCGAUUAUCAUCCCAUCUUAAUCAUUCUUUAUUUGUCCGAUCGACGAUCAAAUGAUCACCUGACUCCAUUAGCAGAGUAAGAUCUGAUAUUU